AUGAACUAUCACGUCGAGGAGCCCAAUCUCGCGUUGUCCAGUAUUUCUCUCUUCCUUAUCUCCACUCCAGAUAUCCCCACCGCGCUCUCCGACAUCUGGGGCAGCGUUCGCAAUGAUUCGGUGCUCCAACAAAUUGCCAGCAGUCUCGUGGAUAUCUGCGUGAAUCUGGGCAUCAAGCCUCACAUUCACUACUAUAACUGCUAUCCUUGUGACCGAAUCGCCGAUCUCUUUUAUCAAUCUAUCGAACAACACAUCGCGAUCGGCGGUCAACUUCACGAAAAGGGGCUUCUCUUCUUGGUGGAUCGCACCGUAGAUCCGUUGAUUCCACUCAUGCAUCCCAUUACCUACGAACCCAUGGUGAUGGAUCUGCUCCCUGUCGGAGAAGGCGGCGAAUUCGAGUAUCGAUCGCGCUCCGGCGAAGACAAGUCGCGAACAGUCCUGCUGAAUUCGCAGGAUCGGAUUUGGGAAGCGUAUAAAUACGAACACAUUCAGAACACGGCGGUAUGGAUUAAUAAGGCGGUGGAGGUGUUUCAGGCCGAGAAGGAAGAGAGCAAAAAUUCCAUUCAGGAUAUCGGAAAUCUGAUCAAAACGCUGCCGGAGAGAAAGCAGCGGAACGAUUUGUUUGCGCUGCACGUCACGAUCAGUCGUAUGUGUAUCGACCUGUUCCGCGAUCACGCGCUCAAUCGGCUGAUUCCUCUCGAACAGAUCAUUCUGACUGGAUGCGACGAUGCUGGAUCCACUCCGUCCCAAGAAAAGCUGCUUGCGGAACUGGACGCAGUGCUCGCAAGCGAAAUCACCAUGCAGGACAAGCGGCGAUUGAUCCUGAUGUACGCGAUCGCUCGGGGUCUCGAUUCUGAUACGCAGCGACGGCUCUUCCAGCAGAGCGGAUUGCCGAUGGGCGAUUACUCUCUGGUGCAAAAUUUGAAGCUUUUGAAUGUGAAUCUUGCGCAGGUUGGAAUUGAAAUUCGAAAUGAAUUGUAG